AUGGAAUUCAGCGCCAAAAGCUUCCAAAGAAGCCUGAGUUCCUCCUCGCAGGGUCCUGCACUCAGCAUUAGGAGCUCCAUGUAUAGGAGGGGGGGCACACAGCACCUCGGGGUUGCACCCAGCGUCUAUGGGGGAGCUGGAGGCCAUGGCACCCGCAUCUCGACCUCCAAAGGCACAGUGAGCUAUGGGAGCGACCUCUCCCGAGGGGACCCAUUUUUUGGCAAUGAGAAGAUGGCCAUGCAGAAUCUAAAUGACCGGCUAGCAAGCUACCUAGAACAAGUGCGGUCCCUGGAGCAGUCCAACUUCAACCUUGAAAGGCAGAUCAAGCAGUGGUAUGAAACAAACGCGCCUACCACCAGUCGGGACUACAGUGCGUAUUACAAACAAAUCGAAGACCUGCAAAAUCAGAUUAAAGAUGCUCGACUACAAAAUGCUCAACGUGUCCUGCAAAUUGAUAAUGCUAAACUGGCCGCCGAAGACUUCAGGCUGAAGUAUGAGACUGAGAGAGCGAUUCGUCUAACAGUGGAGGCUGAUCUCCAAGGCCUGAAUAAGGUCGUGGAUGAUCUAACCCUACGAAAAACAGACUUGGAAAUUCAAAUUGAAGGAUUAACUAAGGAACUGAUUCUCCUCAAAAAAGAACAUCAGGAGGAAGUGGACAGCCUACGCAGACAGCUGGGCAAUACUGUCAGUGUAGAGGUGGAUGCUGCUCCAGGCCUGAACCUCGGCACCAUCAUGAAUGAAAUGAGGCAGAAAUAUGAAGCCAUGGCCCAGGAGAACCUUCGGAAGGCCAAAGAACAGUUUGACGUACAGAUUGAAACUCUGCAGCAACAAGUCACAGUGAGCACUGAAGAGUUAAAAGGAACUGAGGUUCAAACAAAGGAGCUGAGACGCACCUACCAGAACCUGGAGAUAGACCUCCAGUCCCAUCUCAGGAUGAAAGAAUCUUUGGAGCAUACACUAGAGGAGACCAAAGCCCGUUAUGGUGACCAGUUGGCCGCCAUCCAGGCACUGCUAAGCUCCCUAGAGUUCCAGCUGAUGCAGAUUCGGACUGAUGCAGAACGCCAGAACAAUGAGUACAAUAUUCUCCUUGACAUAAAGACCCGGCUUGAGCAGGAAAUUGCUACUUACCGCCGCCUUCUGGAGGGAGAAGAUGUAAACACUACAGAAUUCCAGUUAAGCAACCUGGAGGAGAGAGAUGUAAAGAAAACCAGGAAGAUCAAGACAGUAGUGCAAGAAGUAGUGGACGGCAAGGUGGUGUCUUCUGAAGUCAAAGAGGUGGAGGAAACCAUAUAAACAGCUGCCAGAAGGAGAUGCUGCUGAAAUUUUGAAAGAAAUGUAGCUAUAAG